CAAUGUACUAUGCGUAGUUCUUAUUAUUCCGAGAAAAGUAGUGUUGUUGCUUGACGUACACAGUGUCAAACGUGUUUACUUUUAAUUGUUUUCUCUAUACUGUAGUCUCCGAAAAUACUAACACACGUUUUAAUAUUGCUUAAGUGCUUAUCAAGUACUGUGUUUUAAUUGCAGUGAUUGCAACGUAGUUUAGCAAAAAUAUUCAAUAGGUAAUGGUCAAUUCAUCAUCACCUUCAGCAUCACUUCCACCGUGACCAUCAUUAAACAUCAUUACCGUCGCGUUGUGGUUAUUCCCCCGUCGACUACGAUAUAGAAUAAUUUCAGGCCAGCUGCAUCUCUGUCUGUGCUGAAACAAUUACGAAACAAAUCUGACGAAAGUGCUGUAUCAGCUGAAACGUCGUCAGGUCAGAGAACUGGUUCGUUCAUAAGUGCCCUUUGAAUCAACAUAUGCAAACCCUUUUACGCGAGAAGCCGUUCGUAUGCGAAACUUGUAAAAAAAGCUUUGCACGAAAACAAUAUUUAAAUGCUCACAUUAAAAUUCAUUUGGACGAGAAGCCGUUCGAAUGCGAAAUCUGCAAAAAGAGCUUCGCACGUAGAGAGUAUUUAAAUUAUCACAUGAAAACUCAUUUGGAUGAAAAGCCGUUCAAAUGCACUAUCUGCAAGAAAAGUUUCAUUCUUAUGCACCACUUGAAUCAACACAUGCAGAUUCAUUUGGAUAAGAAGCCGUUCAAAUGCGACGUCUGCAAGAAAAGCUUCUCGCGACAACAAUAUCUAAAUGUUCACAUCAAAAUUCAUUUGGACGAGAAGCCGUUCAAAUGCGAAGUCUGUAAAAGAAGCUUCAGACGAAAAGAUCAUUUUAGUGAUCACAUGAAAACCCACUUGGGUGAGAAGCCAUUCAAAUGUAGCAUAUGCACAAGUAGUUUUGUUCAUAAUUGCAAGCUGAUUAAACACAUGAAAACUCAUUUGACCGAGAAGCCGUUCAAAUGUGAAAUCUGCAAAGUAGGUUUCACACUAAAGGAUUAUUUAGAUAGUCACAUGAAAACCCAUUUGGACGAGAAGCUUUUCAAAUGUGAAGUCUGCGAAAACAGUUUCGUACGAAGGGAGUAUUUAAAUUAUCACAUGAAAACCCAUUUAGAUGAGAAGCCGUUCAAAUGUAGUAUCUGCAAUAAAAGUUUCAUUCGUGUGCACCACUUGAAUCAACAUAUGCAUAUUCAUUUGACCGAGAAGACGUUCAAAUGUGAUGUCUGCGAAAAAAGCUUCACACGAAUGGAGUAUCUAAAUUAUCACAUUAAAACCCAUUUGGACGAGAAGCCGUUCAAGUGCAGUAUCUGCAAUAAAGGUUUCAUUAUUAAGUACAAGUUGAAUCAACAUAUGCAAACUCAUUUGGCCGAGAAGCCGUUCAAAUGCGACGUCUGCAAAAAAAGUUUCUCACGAAAACAAUAUUUAAAUGUUCACAAUAAAAUUCAUUUAGACGAGAAGCCGUUCAAAUGCGAAACCUGCAAAAAAAGCUUUAAACGGAAAGAUUAUUUCAGUGAUCAUAUGAAAACUCAUUUGGACGAGAAGCCAUUCAAAUGCAGCAUCUGCACAAGUAGCUUUGUUCAUAACUGCAAGCUGAAUAAACACAUGAAAACUCAUUUGGCUGAGAAGCCGUUUAAAUGCGAAAUCUGCAAAAAGUGCUUUGCACUAAAGGAUUAUUUAGACAGUCAUAGGAAAACCCAUUUGAUUGAGAAGCCGUUCAAAUGCGAAGUCUGCAAUAACAGCUUCGCACGAAGGGAGAAUUUAAAGUAUCACAUGAAAACCCAUUUAGACGAGAAGCCGUUCACAUGCAGUAUCUGCAGAAAAAGUUUUAUUCGUGUGCAUCACUUGAACCAACACAUGCAUAUUCAUUUGACCGAGAAGACGUUCCAAUGCGUUGUCUGCAGAAGUAGCUUCGCACAACAACAAUAUUUAAAUGAUCACAUGAAAACCCAUUUGGAUGAUGAUGAUAAGUGUUUAUCUUGCAACGAUAAGAGUAUUAAGAGUUGUAGUAGCUCCGACGAUUAUGUGGAUGUGACUAAAAGUAUUCUUAAUUAUCAAACAACCAGUGAAUUUUCAACUAAUUGCGAUGAGACGUCAACUGAAGAAUCCGUUGUGAAGGUUAAAGAAGAAAUUUUCGCUCCAGCUAAUGAUUCUGUUGUGAUAUUUAAGGAGAAAUCUAUAGAGUUAAGUGAAAUUACUGUGUUUAAAGAAGAACCUAGGGAAGAGUACUUUGAAAUCUGUGAAAACUCUGCUGAAGUUGAUGAUGACACUAAGGCUUUUCACGUUAAAAAAGAAUCAUGAUUCUGACAAUUGAAAUGCUAUUUAUACAGCUGUAUGAUUUAGAAAUCGUAAUAUAUGUUGGUUAUUUUUUUGCAAAUAAACUUGUA